AUGUCAGAGAAUAAUAAUGAAGAUAUAAUAUCUUCAUUGUAUCCUCCUCCACCGCCCUUUGUUAAAUUUUUCACCACGGAGAACGUGAAGAAGUUGGAAGAAUGGAAGCAAAACCAUAACAAUACUGAAGACAUAGCAGAAAAUGAAGAGUCCCCUCCUGGAGAAUUAAAGCUCUUAAUUCCACCAAAAGCUCCUGAGCAAGAGCAUUACAGAGGUUACGGAAACCUCUGGUCCUUUGAAGACAAGCUUCCAAACCUUGAGGAGUCUGGAUGGAAACAGCUUUACAAGGAAAACGACGAAAACAUAACUUCUAAAACUAAAAUCGAAGAAUUGCAUAAACUAAUGGACUCCUUAUUACUCAACUUUCUUGAGGUGGUUGGCAUUGCAUCAAUUGAGCCACAGCAGUAUCAUGGCAAAAUCGAAGACAUAAAGUUAAUUUUAAUAAAUAUAAGUCACAUCUUAAACACAUACAGGCCCCAUCAAUCAAGAGAGAGUUUGAUUACAUUAUUAAAAAAACAGAUCGAAACCAAGAAGAAUGAGAUUAACGACAUAGACCGAGCGAUGCUGGACAUCAAGAAAAGAAUUUUGAAGUCGAUCAGCACAGAAGAACCACCAUCGCAAUCCGAAGAAUCUUUAAUCCAUGAAAAAGUUUCAGAAAUGGACAAUACAAGAAAGGAAGUGAUAGAUGCUCUUUUAAAGGGUUUGUAA